AUGGCUGCCGACACUGCCAUCGCCGCAGAAGUUAUAAACAAAAGCUCCAAAGAUGAACGAGGAAUAUCCGGCGGUGAUGCAUGUAUAAUAUUUGAUUCUUUGAUUAGAUUAAGUUAUAAAUUGAUAUUGGCUAGGUUAGGCCACGAGUAUUUUAAUUUCACGCUUGCAUAUAUGCAGAUUCGUGUCAAGCCAACCCACUUGGAACCGCAGCAUCCGAAGCAGGCUAGAGUGUGUGAUGAUGAGUCAGAAUCACAUGGCUAA